GUGAAAUACCUGUCUGUGAUCCUUCCUGUGAGAACGCCCGAAACUGUACAGCACCUGGUAUAUGUACAUGUAAUAUUACCCAAUGGAAUGGUACUCGAUGCGAAAUACCUGUCUGCGAUCCUUCCUGUGAGAACGAUGGAAACUGUACAGCACCUGGUGUAUGUACAUGUAAUAUUACCCAAUGGAAUGGUACUCGUUGUGAAAUACCAGUCUGUGAUCCUUCCUGUGAGUACGAGGGAAACUGUACAGCACCUGGUGUAUGUACAUGUAAUAUUACCCAAUGGAAUGGUACUCGAUGUGAAAUACCAGUCUGUGAUCCUUCCUGUGAGAACGACGGAAAUUGCACAGCACCUGGUGUAUGUACAUGUAAUAUUACCCAAUGGAAUGGUACUCGUUGUGAAAUACCUGUCUGCGAUCCUUCCUGUGAAAACGACGGAAAUUGCACAGCACCUGGUGUAUGUACAUGUAAUAUUACUCAAUGGAAUGGUACUCGAUGUGAAAUACCUGUCUGCGAUCCUUCCUGUGAGAACGAUGGAAACUGCACAGCACCUGAUGUAUGUACAUGUAAUAUUACUCAAUGGAAUGGUACUCGAUGCGAAAUACCAGUCUGUGAUCCUUCCUGUGAGAACGAUGGAAACUGUACAGCGCCUGGUGUAUGUACAUGUUCGCCCGAAUGGACUGGUUCAGAUUGCAACACCAGUAUGUAUUGUAAUUACAUGAUAGAAUUUAAGGCUUUUUCUAGAUAUUGA